AUGGUGGCACCGGCGGCGGAGGCGGAGGCGGAGGCCGGCCGCAAGACCUUGCCGGAUGAGUGCAAGACCCUGUGGCAGAUCGCUGGGCCGGUGAUCCUUACCGGCGUCUUCCAGUUCCUCAUCGGCUUCGUCACCGUCGCCUUCGUCGGCCACAUCGGCAAGGUCGAGCUCGCCGCCGUCUCCAUUGUCAUCGGCGUCAUCGAAGGCCUCGGCUUCGGGCUCCUUCUCGGCAUGGGGAGCGCCCUGGAGACGCUGUGCGGGCAGGCGGUGGGGGCCGGGCAGCUCCACACUCUGGGCGUCUACAUGCAGCGGUCGUGGAUCAUCUGCCUCGCCACGGCCGUCGCCCUGCUCCCGGUCUACAUGUUCACGGACCCCAUCCUCCGCCUGCUCCGGCAGUCCCCGGAGAUCUCCGCCGUGGCGGGGCGGUACGCGCGCUGGUGCGUGCCGCAGCUCUUCGCCUACGCCGUCAACUUCCCCAUGCAGAAGUUCUACCAGGCGCAGAGCCGGGUGUGGGUCAUGACGCUCAUCUCCGGCGGCGCCGUCGGCGUGCACGCGCUGCUCAACUGGGUCGUCGUGGCCAGGCUCGGCCGCGGCCUCCUGGGCGCGGCCAUGAUCGGGAACGCCUCCUGGUGGCUCAUCAACGCGGCGCAGUUCGUGUACGUCGUCGGCGGGUCCUUCCCGGAGGCGUGGACGGGGUUCUCGCGCAAGGCCUUCGCCAGCCUCGGCGGCUUCGUCAGGCUCUCCCUCGCGUCCGCGGUCAUGCUCUGCUUAGAGAUGUGGUACUACACGGCAGUAAUCAUUCUGGUGGGUUGCUUGAAGAACCCAGAGAUUCAAGUCGGGGCCGUUUCCAUAUGCAUGAACUACAACAUCUGGACACUGAUGGUAUCCGUCGGUUUCAAUGCCGCAGUGAGUGUUCGCGUGGCCAACGAACUUGGCGCCAAGCACCCGAAGGCAGCCAAGUUCUCGGUCGUCGUGGCGGUGACCACGUCGGCCGCCGUCGGGCUCGUCUUCACGCUCGUCACCCUCGUGGCCAGGAAGCAGCUGCCGAGGCUUUUCACCGACGACGAGCUAGUGGUCAAGGAGGCCGCAAACCUGGGGUACCUUCUGGGUGCCACCAUAGGCCUCAACAGCAUCCAGCCGGUGCUAUCAGGGGUGGCCAUUGGAGCUGGGUGGCAGUCCUUGGUCGCCUGGGUCAACAUCGGCUGCUACUAUCUCAUCGGCCUGCCCCUUGCAGCUGUCUUCGGCUUCAAGCUGAAGCUUAACGCAACAGGGAUUUGGGUGGGGAUGCUGACCGGCACGGUUCUGCAGACCGUCAUCCUGUUUGUGAUCCUCUUCAGAACCAAAUGGCAAAAAGAGGCUAUGCUGGCAGAGGAGCGGGUGCGGAACUGGGGAGGAAACGUCGAGCUGCCGACCGUCCAAGAAGCAAGAUGA